AGCUGGAAGAGAGAGGGUGAUCAGAUAUCAAAUACUGCUGUCAAAAGGCUGAUGAGCAAUUGUCCGUUUUGAGAUGAUCGUUAAAAUUAUCUGAAUGAAAAAAAUGAGCGACUUUUUAGCGGCCAAUAAUGUCUGCGGGCAAAACUUGUUGCGACUGGUAUCCCGUGGGAAUGCUAUCAUAGCUGAACUAAUGCGAUUGAAGGAUUAUGUACCGCCGGUCUUUAGUUUGGAUUCGAAGCAACUGAUACAGAAAUAUGGGUCUAUUAUAAUUGACUUUGCAUAUUUCAAGGCAGCCAGUGUUUAUGAGCAAAAAAUAGAAGAUGAUUCGGUAUUCCAAGAAACUGAUGAAGAGCUCCGAAAUAAUUUUUCAGAUAUACUUACAAGGUUUUAUUUGGCUUUUGAGAGUAUACACAAGUAUGUCACAGAUCUGAAUUUUUACAUUGAUGAAUUAGGAGAUGGAGUUUACAUACAUCAGUCAAUAGAUUCUAUUAUGUUCAAUGAAGAGGGAAAACAAUUAAUGUGCGAAGCUGUAUACUUAUAUGGUGUAAUGCUGUUGCUGGUUGAUUACCAUUUUGAAGGACGAAUACGUGAAAGAUUACUUGUGUCCUAUUACCGAUACAAUGCUCAACGGUCUUCCUCGACAAGAGUGGAUGACGUCUGCAUGUUGCUCCGUUCAACAGGAUAUGUGAGAACACUGUCCAAAAGACCAGCUAAUUAUCCCGAAGAAUAUUUCAAGAGAGUACCACUACGAGAUUUUUUGGUAGAUCUGGUUAUUGGUCGAUUGCGUUCAGAUGAGAUUUAUAAUCAGACUCUUGCUUUCCCACAUCCAGAGCAUCGUAGCACUGCCGUGGCCACGCAAGCAUCAAUGUUAGUUAUAAUUUUGUCAUUUAAAUCAACUGUACUACAUACACAAACUGCCAUUAUGAGGGAAAUAGUAGACAGAUUCUUUCCUGAUAAUUGGGUAAUUAGUAUUUAUAUGGGAACAGUGAUCAGUCUAUGUGAUUGGUGGUCACCGUAUAAAGCUGCACGAACAGCGUUGAAUAAUACACUCGAGAAUUCUAAUGUAAAAGGGAUUGCCCAAAAAUAUGGAACAAAAAUGGAUAAAUUAAUGCAAGAAACCGACGAGGUACAGUUGGCAGGCACAUUGGAUGAAAAUGCAACAGGUUCUUUAGUCAAAUUAGUGAGAGAAUGUAAUGUUACGUUGCAUUGGAUUCUUCUGCACACCGCUACGCCCACUAUAACACUAGAGGAUUCAAAACGUUUGCGUACCCUACGUCAGUUGGUCGUGAUGGAAAGCAAAUAUACCACAGUAAAAUGUCUUCGUUUAUUACUAAGCACUGCUCAAAUUGAACAGGAUGUUAAACAGAUGUAUAAAGAUCUCUUGCUUGGAAAAGAAGCUAAAUGGUUGAAGGACAAAGGGAUAUGCGUCGAACGUAUAACUGAUCUUGCACAAAUUUUUGGUGGCGCCAAACCUCUAGAUGGUAUUGAUAAAAACCAAAAUCUUUAUACAUGGUUCAUGGAAAUAAGUAAACACAUUGAUUCAUUAAAGCAAGAAGAUGGGCGAAAGAUAGUGCAAUUACUGCAAGCAUUGGAACAAGUUCAGGAAUUUCAUCAAUUAGAAAAUAAUCUACAUAUUUCACAAUAUCUCGCUGAUACACGCGAGACUCUACACAAUAUGUUGCGUACAGGCAGCAUAUCUGAAGAUAUCAUGAUAAAUUUAAAUAUCGUAACCGAUUGUUGCUAUGCAUGGAACGUUAUGGAAUCUUUUAUCGAUGUAAUGCAGGAGAGCAUAAAGGGAAAUCCGCCAACCGUUAUCAAACUAAAAGCACUUUUCCUUAAAAUGGCAUCAGCAUUGGAAACUCCAUUGCUGAGGGUAAACCAAGCACGAAGCGCGGACUUGUCUUCCGUGUCCCAGUAUUAUAGCAGAGAACUGGAGGGAUAUGCAAGGCGUGUUUUGCAAAUUAUACCCGAAACUGUGUUCGGUUUGUUGGCAGAGAUAGUGCAUCUUGAAACGAAUUCAUUUAAAGAGAUCCCGACUAAAUUACCCAAAGAUAAACUUAAAGAUUAUGCACAACUGGCUGAAAGAUUACAGAUGGCAAAAUUAACAUAUGCUGUAUCAGUUUUCACAAAAGGUGUUCUGUCAUUAAGAAGUGUUUCUUUAGGAGUUUUGAGGGUUGAUUCACAUCGUCUCUUAGAAGAUGGUAUACGUCAGGAGCUCGUCAAGAAAGUUACUUUGGCUUUACAGAAUGGCCUCAACUUUGAUCAAAAGUCCAAGACAUCUCUUCUACAAAAACUGAAUCAUUUAUCUUCAAUUAUGGACGGAUACAGAAAAUCUUUUCAAUACAUUCAGGAUUAUAUUAACAUAAACAGUUUGAAGAUAUGGCAUGAAGAAAUCACAUAUAUUAUAAACAAUGCCGUCGAAGAAGAACGUAGGGGUUCUUCCUGGGUGCCAGGAAAAUCAUGGAGACAAUUUCAAGAAGAUAAACACGCCUUUUCAACCGAUAAUAGCUCUUUAACAUUCAUGGGUAGACUUGCCAGAGAGCUUAUCCGUAUUACUGAUCCGCGAACCAUCGUGUACAUAGAACAUUCUCUAGCAUGGUAUGACAUUAAAACGCAGAAUGAGAUCUUAAAUUACAAGGUUUUCUCGGUGAUAUUAGAAACGAUAGGCACACCAGGAUUAUCGGGACUGGACAAGCUUAUCUCCUUCUUCAUUGUCAUAGAACUGGAAGCUUUAGUUCACUAUAUAGAAAAAAAUAUACGGAACAAAACGUGGCUAUCGUUGUUAGAAGAUUGUGAGACUACUUUAAAUUCUUUAGAUAGUGCUAAAAGUAACAUUACGAAACUUCACAAUUCUAUAAACGCUAGCAGUAGCAAAUUGUGGUCAUCAGCGCUUGAGUGGACAUUAAAAAUAGGUCACUACCAAUUACUGAGGAAAAAAAUAGCGUAUGAACUAAACACUGCAUGCAAAUUUGAAGCGAAGCAUAUGGAAGCAGCGCUUCGAACAUUGAAUACGGCUGUUUUAUGCGAGAUAGCAAAAAAAGAUAAUAUCAACAAUGAGACCGAGCCGGAGAAAAGCGAAUUACUUCAUGAACUUAGCGUGCGAUUGGACUGGGCUGGCAUCAGUGAUCCACAUAAUAAAGUUUAUAUCAAGCCACCAAAGAUGGAUAAUAUAGCUAUUAUUAUUUUCCUAUUUACAGUGUCGCAAUUGAAUAAAUUAUUCUAUUGCAAAAAUACAGCAAGUCUGUUAAGCAAGAAAUAUCAAGAUCCUGUUGAUGCUGUGAUAUUUGCCAUAGGAAUACAAACGAUUCUUCGUCAAUUUCAUGUUUCUGUGAUGAAUCGUUAUGUAAAAUAUCUUUGCAUGUAUGUCCUGUCGUUUGUCACUGUAGAGAGUAUGAAAGCGGGAGGUGAUGCAGAAACUGAAGGGGCUACUAAUCUUUAUUUUUUGGAGCUUUUUGUUAAAUAUUCUGGCAUUCCACGUUCUCUUAUUCUUAAAGAAAUACCUAUCGUCGUUUUAGAUCACUCCUUGGUCAAAAUGACAAAAUGACGUUGGAUCCGAAACUCAUGAAAUA